AUGCCGCCCACCCCCGCCAUCGACCCCACCACGCUCUCCGACCUCCCCGCCCCCACACUCCACAAAAUCCUCUCCGACCUCCCCCUCUCCUCCAUCCUCUCCCUCGCCGCCACAAACACCCCCCACAUCACCACCUGCAUCCUCACCCACCCCACAUACAGCACCCACUUCCCCACCCCCGCCGCCCUCGAAACCGCAGCCGCCUACCACACGCUCCUCACCGCCAUCGCCGCCGUCGCAGGCCACAACUCAAGCCCCGCAAGCCACAUCAUCGACUCCACCACCCGCAGCGCCUACCACCCCGCCUGGACCCACGCCCGCACCGUCCAAGAGAUCAACGCCCUCGCGCCAAACGACAUCCACUACUUCGCGCAGUUCGACCCGCCCGCGUCCAACAUCUGGGACAGCAGCAGUCUGCCGCGCCUGCAGGCGCGCUUCGACGAGGUGGUGCGCAACAGCGCGCGCCUGCAGGCGGAGAAGCUGGCGCAGCUGCACAGGAUCCAUGCGCUGCGCGAGGGGCAUGUGGGCCGGUUGAAGGCGAAGAUGGAUCCGUCGCAGGAGCCGCGGCCGAGGGGGGUGGGGAGGUGGUCGGGCGGGGUGGAGACGGUGAAGGUGUGGAGGUAUCUGGGGAGGUGGGUGCCCGUGCCGUAUGAUCGGUAUUUGGUGAUGGUGUUGAAGGUGUUGAGGAGGUGGCCGUUGGCGGAUGAGGCGAUGCCGGGGGUGGUGGUGGUGGUGCCGGGGGGGGAGGGGAGGAGGAGGAAGGGGGUGAGGGCGGUGGAGGUGGUGGAGGAGUGGUUUGAUGAGGGGGAGACGUAUAGCGUGGUGCCUGCUGCUGGUGCGGAGGGUGUUGGUGGGGAGAAGCCUAAGGAGGAGGAGGCCGGGGAGGGCAAGGAGCCUGCUGCUGAUGCUGGUACUGAUGCUGAUGCUGCGGAGAAGGUGAAGAAGGGUGGAAAGAAGAUUAAAUAUCUCCCCUCCCCUAAGCGCCCCCACACGCACACCUACCCCGCCAGCGCGAUCAAGAACAUCCGCACCGCGCUCAUCGGGCUCAAGUACACCUACGCCGUCCCGGGCAUUUCCCCGCGGCCCAGGACAAUGUACACGCCGUACUCUGCGCCCGAGUGCCAGAGCGUGCAGCGCAACAUGCAGCCGUGCUUUGCGAUGCCGGAGGGCCGCAACGAGCCGUUGGCGUAUAGGCUGAACAAUAAGGAGCUGGAGUGGCUGGAGGCGUUUCUGGCGUGCUGUGAUUACAUGAGUGGGAUGCAGGAGAUGUGGUUGGAGGGCGUGACGGUGGAGGAGUGGUGGAGGAGUAGGGAGUUGAGUUGUAGGUGA